AUGUACUCUUCAUGUCUCAAGCUCACAACCGCUGAAAUCCGUCUGACAUCUUUCCCCAAUGGUUCCUGCAGUCAUGAUGAAGUGGUGACCCCAGUGCCUUUGUUCUCGCAGAGAGCGCACAAGCAUGACCAAGAGGACCACGAGCCGACCUUACCUGGGUAUUCCGGGGCCACCUCGCCCAUAUGGUUGGACAGACGACGGGAGAUUAUGAUGGGGGGGAUGGAUUUACAGGUUUUGCACCAACGCAGCGUCGCCUUUUCACAGUCAUCGCCAGUGAUGCACGAAAGAGCAACGGAACCCAGACGAGUAGCACAUCCUCCGGAUCUGGAUGGCACGCUGGCGGAUUCUGAUUUUUUAAGAAGCUCCCACCUAGACCAGCUGCUGUCGGCCACAUUAACCUCGUUGGAGUCUCUGCUUUUUCUGUCUGGGCCCAGCUAA